UUAGUUCAAAGACAACAACUGAGAGCCACGUUUGGAAUUAAUUUGAACAUUUCAAGUCAUUUCUAGCUUGGAAUAUUAUUUUAAAUCUAAAAAGAGCUCCUUCUGAAGAAAAUGUAAGCAUGCAGCUCGUUGUACUGCUUCUGUUUGUCGGAGUUCAUCUCGUCUGUGCUGGAACACACUCUCUGAGAUACUUCUACACUGCUGUAUCUGGAAUCAAUGACUUCCCAGAGCUCACUAUUGUUGGUCAGGUUGAUGAAGGGCAGUUUUAUUACUUUGACAGCAAGAUAAUGAAAGCUGUGCCGAAGACAGAGUGGAUCAGACAGAAUGUGGAAGCAGAAUACUGGACCAGAGAGACUCAGAUUGAUAUUGGCAAGCAUCAGAGCUUCAAAAACAACAUCCAGGUCGCAAAGGAGCACUUCAACCAGUCAGAAGGUGUGCACACAUACCAGCAAAUGUACGGCUGUGAGUUUGAUGAUCAGACUGGAGAAACAAAUGGGUUCCUAAAGGAUGGAUAUGAUGGAGAGGACUUUGUGUCACUGGAUCUGAAGGAGAUGAGAUAUAUUUCUUCAGUGCCGCAAGGAAUCCCCUUUGUAGAGAGUUGGAACAAGAACAAAGCUCUUCUUGAGAGAGACAAAAAUUACUUCAAAACAGAGUGCAUCGACUGGUUGAAGAAGUAUCUGGAGUAUGGAAAGAGCAGCCUGAAGAAAACAGUCUCUCCUCAGGUGUCUCUGCUGCAGAAGUCUUCCUCAUCUCCAGUCGUGUGUCAUGCUACAGGGUUUUACCCCAAAGAAGUAACAAUCUCCUGGAUGAAGAAUGGACAAGAUCAUGAUGAAGAUGUGGAGGUUGGACAAGUUCUUCCCAAUGAGGAUGGGACCUUUCAGAAGACGAGCACCAUCAGAGUUACUCCUGAAGAGUGGAAGAACAACAAGUUCAGCUGUGUGGUGGAGCACCAGGGUGAAACCAUUAGAGUGAAUGAGAUCAGGACUAACAGUGGUGAGAUGUUCAUCCCACUGUACACUGGAAAGGUGAUUGACAUCUUGGGUUCACAUUAUCAAUGGGAUAACUUCAGAUCAGCGAUCAUUCUCAUGGGAUUAUUCUCUCUGGGAAGUUCUUUCAGUGCUGGAUGUCGUGGAGGUCUGUUCAUGUGUGCAAUCAAUAGCUUCACUUGCAGAGUCAAGGUGCAACUGUUUGGGUCCCUUGUCAGGCAGGACAUUAGCUUCUUUGAGACCACCAAGACAGGUGAAAUCACAUCUAGACUGUCUACAGACACUACUCUAAUGGGUCGGGCUGUAGCCCUGAAUGUCAACGUCCUUCUUCGGACCAUGAUUAAGACCCUGGGCAUGUUGUAUCUGAUGCUGAGCCUCUCAUGGAAGCUUACACUUCUGAUGCUGAUGGAGACGCCGGUGACAGGCUUUCUUCAGAACAUAUAUGACACACAUUAUCAGAGGCUGUCAAAAGAAGUCCAGGACUCCAUUGCACAAGCCAAUGACGCGGCUGGAGAGGCGGUGUCAGGAAUCAGGACAGUAAAGAGUUUCAGGACAGAACUUGGUGAAGCCCAUCGCUAUGAUGUCCGCUUGAUGAAAACCCAUAAUCUGAAGACCCGACGGGACACAGUCAGGGCGAUUUACCUGUUGGUUAGGCGGAUGACAGAAGUGGGAAUGAAGGUGGCCAUGCUUUACUAUGGGAGACUCUUCAUCCAGUAUGGACAGAUGACCACAGGGAAUCUCGUCUCUUUCAUCCUCUAUCAGCAAGACCUUGCAAGAAACAUCAGGACUUUGAUCUAUAUAUUUGGAGACAUGCUGAACUCAGUAGGUGCAGCUGGAAAGGUGUUCGAGUACAUGGACCGAGAGCCUGAAGUCAGUAUUGAUGGAGACCUGCAGCCCAGUGAUCUGAAAGGACACAUCAGCUUUCAGAACCUCACCUUCUCGUAUCCCAGAAGACCCGACCACAAUGUGUUAAAGAACUUCUCUGUGGAGUUGAAGCCGGGUCAGAUGACGGCUCUGGUGGGAAUGUCAGGAGGAGGGAAGAGCACCUGUGUGAGUCUCCUGGAGAGAUUUUACCAGCAUCAGCAGGGACAGAUUCUGUUAGACGGACAACCACUACAGAACUACCAGCACAAAUACUUGCACAGCAAGAUAGCGAUGGUGGGUCAGGAGCCUGUACUUUUCUCCGGCACUGUACGAGACAACAUCGCCUAUGGUCUGCCCGGCUGCUCAAUGGAGAGAGUAAAGGAGGCUGCCAGCAAAGCCAAUGCCCAUGCCUUCAUCUCAAACAUGGAAAAAGGCUACGAGACAGAUGUGGGAGAGCGUGGUAAUCUGCUCUCGGGAGGUGAGAAACAACGCAUCGCUAUCGCCAGAGCACUGAUCAGACAACCUCAGGUGCUCAUUCUGGAUGAAGUCACCAGCUCUUUAGACACUGAAAGUGAACAAAUGGUUCAACAGGCCCUGGCCUGCUGCCCCACUCAGACCUUGCUUGUGAUCGCUCAUAGGCUGAAGACCAUCGAGAGGGCGGAUCAGAUCGUGGUGAUUGACAGCGGUGAGGUGGUGGAGCUGGGGACACAUCAGGAACUGAUGGACAAGAAAGGAAGUUACUAUAAACUGAGAGAGAGGCUCUUUACUGAUGACAACACAGCCAACCAAGACAAUGAGAAAUCUGACACUAUAAAAGCUCAAUAGUCUGUGUUAAAAUAUUGUGCAUGUUCAUAAUACAAAUAUACCAUUACAAACCUUUGUAAAUAGGAACAUACAGUAUAAGUUAGGACAUUAUCCUUUAACCAUUAUAACAUCUCUAAAAGACCUGUGAUAUGUGGAAUGUGGACUUGUACAUAGAAUAAAUUCAGAGGCGAUCAUCAGUCAAAAUGUUUAAUCAACAAACAAUUUAGAUAAAUGUAACAUGUUGCAUUUGUUCAUGUGAAUAAAUAUUGGGUUCUUUGUUUUUGUAUGUUUGUUUUAUACAGUUUAAGUUAAAAUUUUAGUGACGUCAUUAGUUUUGUCACGUUUAUGUUCCUGUUUUUUCUUAUUUGGUCAUGUUCCUGUGUUCCCUAAUUAGUUCCCAUAGUUCCAUCAUUAGAGUCUCAUUUGUGUCAGGUGUGUUAACCCAUUAGGUGCAUCUGUUUUUCCUAUUUAAAAGACUGUUCCUGAAUUGCUUUCACUGUUCAGUCACUGUUAUGUUUGCUUCGUUCCAUACCUGUACUCCUGUGUUUGGAUUAAAGUUAGAAUAUUUUUGGCUCA